UAAAUUAGUUCAGGAGAAUGAGACAACUACACAAGGGAUAUUUGGAAACAAUUCGCUGGAUUCAACGCCAGUCUGAAAACUUUCUUGAUUUGUAUUUGUUACCAGGACUCUUUUAGUAAUUAAGAUGGCCACCUCUUGCAGCUCACGGUUGAGUAAAUGCGUUAAGCAGCACUACUUGGAUCUCCCGCAAGGUGACAAGGUUCAAGCUAUGUACAUCUGGAUCGAUGGAACGGGAGAGAGCGUUCGAUGCAAAACCCGGACCCUGGACACCGAGCCAAAAAGCGUUGACGAUCUGCCAGAGUGGAACUUUGAUGGCUCCAGUACCUACCAGUCUGAGGGCUCCAACAGUGACAUGUACCUGAUCCCUGUUGCCAUGUUCAGGGAUCCCUUCCGGAAAGACCCCAACAAACUGGUCCUGUGUGAAGUGCUGAAGUACAACAGGAAACCAGCAGAAACAAACCUUCGUCAUUCCUGUAAGAGAAUCAUGGAGAUGGUGGCGAACCAGCACCCAUGGUUUGGUAUGGAGCAGGAAUACACCAUUCUUGGAACUGAUGGGCACCCAUUUGGCUGGCCUUCCAAUGGUUUCCCUGGUCCUCAAGGUCCCUAUUACUGUGGUGUUGGUGCAGACAAGGCCUAUGGCAGAGAUAUCGUGGAAGCUCAUUACAGAGCCUGCCUCUACGCUGGAGUCGAAAUCUGUGGAACAAAUGCUGAAGUCAUGCCAGCUCAGUGGGAGUUCCAGGUUGGCCCCUCUGAAGGAAUCAACAUGGGAGACCACUUGUGGGCAGCCCGGUUUAUCCUGCACCGAGUUUGUGAAGAUUUCGGAGUCAUCGUCUCAUUUGACCCCAAGCCGAUCCCCGGCAACUGGAAUGGAGCUGGCUGCCAUACCAACUUCAGCACCAAGGAGAUGAGGGAAGAUGGAGGCUUGACGUACAUUGAGGAGUCCAUUGAGAAGCUUGCCAAGAGGCAUGACUAUCACAUCCGGGCCUACGAUCCUAAGGGGGGGUUGGAUAACGCCAGGCGCCUCACCGGUCACCAUGAAACCUCCAACAUACACGAGUUCUCUGCCGGCGUGGCCAAUCGUGGGGCUAGUAUCCGAAUCCCACGAGCAGUGGGCCAGGAUAAGAAGGGCUACUUUGAAGACCGCCGUCCUUCUGCCAACUGCGACCCCUACAGUGUAACAGAAGCACUGGUUCGUACGUGUUUGCUUGGUGAAGAGGGGGAGGAGCCUGUGGAAUACAAGAACUAAACUAAAAGACUGAACUUUUUAAAUAGCUGUGUUUAUAAAUUUGUUGGGGGGGAGGGGGCGGCCUAUGUGUCUAAAGCCAGUACUGUACUUUUUUUAUUUUUUAUUUUCUUGGUGGGCUUUUUUUUUUUUUUUUCUUUUUUAGGUCAAGGGGAGAAAUAAAUGUUGUCUGUGUCUUAAUAGCUCUCCAGUAACAUAAGUUGACAGGUCAACUUAAAGCAAAAGGAAUUAAUAAUAAAAAAUAAAGUUUUAAAUCUGAAUGUGCUGUAGGACUUUGCAAUGCCUGGGCACACCAGCAUCCUAUCUUGCUCUAAAUAGAGUGACAACUGGUUUCAUGCCCUUUGGCAAUCCUACCAAGUUACACCAGUGAUUAUCAUUCCUAAAUAACUAGAUUGGACUAACAUCCCUAGUAACACUUUCCGUUGAACACUAAUAUGUAUACAGUUGGGGUGGAGAUCAUAAGUUUGGGGGGAUGGGAGUGCAAGGACAUUAACGUUCCCCAUAUUUUGUGUAUUGUACACUGAGAUUGUAGAAAUAUUCUCUUUCUUGUUAGUGUCUGAUCAGACAGAUUAACAAAGUACAGUUUGUCACUGCCCUCCUUUCAGUGUAUUUUAUAGAAUCCAUUUAGAAGUUAUUAAAAUAAGACUUCUGGAAGUGACUGUUUUUGAGUCCAGAUGCAUUUUGUCCAAUUAUGCGUCAGGCUCCCUUGGAAGAUUGUAAUACUUGUUGCUUCUUGCUGUCUAGUAUUGUCUAAUAGAUUUUUAUGGCAUUUUGUUAGAAAUUUACAAAUAAUUAGUGAACAUGGUGUUUUAUUGAACCAUUAAAACCUUUGUUAUAUUUUUACCAACA